GUUUAACCUGAAAGAGCUCCACUGUGGGAUUAUUUCAUGGCUCGACUUUGAACAAACCUUCGGAUCACAGAGGACAGAUUUUAUGUGGGCGACCCACACCAGAGCACCAAAUUCAUGCUCCUUGAGAACUUCUCCCUCACAGGUUAAAGAACAGCUGUCCGAAAACUGCAAUGUCAUCCAAAAUGCACAGCUCCAGUAGUAUCGCUCAGGCCAGGCGGACGGUGCAGCAGCUGAGGAUAGAGGCGAGCAUCGAGAGGAUAAAGGUGUCCAAGGCUUCGUCAGACCUGAUGCGCUACUGUGGAGAACAUGCCAAGAAUGAUCCGCUGCUCAUGGGUAUCCCAGCUUCAGAAAACCCUUUCAAAGACAAGAAGCCUUGCACUGUUUUGUAGAGAAACACCUGAACUCUUGCUGCUUUCGAUUUGGAUUCUAAUGUGUAAAAGCGCUGAUAGUAAUGCUGUUCACGACUUGCCUUAAGGCCAGUACACCUGUUAAGUUUUUCACACGCCUGCUGCAGUUUGACAAAGAAUGCAAUCCCCUCUGUCUUUUAGCCAGAUAGCAGUGACACCAAAGAACAGGCAGAAAUCUGAUGCUGUGGCCUCGGAUCAAAGCUUUUGCUCAAACAAUGAUGACUAAUAUUUUGCAUGAGGGCUCGGUGGUGACUUUUGUUUCUCUGCACUGUAAUCUGACAAGAUCUCGAACCCCACAGAGGUCGGCCUGAAAGAAGCUGUGCCAUGAAUGAGAGAGAUGAUGACUCCGUAAUUAUCACAGCAUGCAUAAACAUGCGGCCUCAAUCAUCAGUCCAAUCAGAUUUAGGCUUUCACCUCUUGCUUUCAUCAGGCUCGCUUGAGGAAAUGGUUGUUAUAGUUUGUGUCCUACUGAUAAUGAGCACCGAGAUAAUGACAUCCUGUCGUUCGACGGGUAAACUGUGCCGUCCAUCACAGGAGGACAGAUCGGAAGAGAGGAGGUUCAUUGCCGCUAAUGGACAGCUUCUGCUUUGUAUGGUCGCCUGCAGUAAGAAGUAAUAGUUUUUAAAAGUGAUCAUUAAACUGUUUCUCACUUUCUCUUUGCAUAGAGCAAACACAUGGGUUCAGACUGUCCUGACAUAUUCAGCUGAACCUACCCAGAGACAAACAUUUAAGUUUAAAUAGCGACAUAAUUUUCAUCUUUUCAGAUAUUAAGACACAGUGAUAAGAUGUGGGGCUGAAAUGAUAACAAUUUACAUUUUUCUUUGAACCCCCUGCAGUUUAGCAGUGCAAUGACUUUAAUUGAAUUCAGAACAACUCUUUUCUAUAUCAUGAAUGUAGCAUCCACAAGUUUUAAUAGCUGAUAAGUGAUUUUCCUCAUCAAAGUAUCUUUCCCUUUUCAACAUAAAAAAGUACCAGAAUGAAACAUGGCCUCAGACCACUAUACACCAUACUGUAGAUGAUACUUUAAGAUGUGGUACAAUCAAAAAGUUCUUGGACUACUUGUGCUGCAUACACAUCGAGCAUGUCAUGGUCAUUUACCUGCAACGUUGUCUGAGCAGCAACUAUCACAGGUCAAAAUGCUGCAUGACAUUAGAUGAUCAACAGCAAGACGUGGGUUAUACAUGUUUUUGUGACCACUGAUAGGUGUGCGUUGGCAGUCCUAAUGUGGAGCUCAAACUGGAACACGUUAGCAGUGAGGAUGGUCAAACCUUUAUGUGAAGAAUAAUCGCUGUUGAGAAAAACUGAGUCCAAACAACAGUGGAAGAGCUUCUGUCUCCAAGACCAGAGAAGGUGCAUCAGGCCAAGAGCACCAGGAGCAUCUUUGCUGUUUUCUUCAACAUUUUUGGAUGUUUGCACCAUGAAUUCACCCCCAGCAGUGAGUUUUACCGUAAUAUACUGAAGCAUUUGAAUGAGUAAUGUACUUUGCGCCUCUUAAUGUGGUAACAAUACAUGUUUCUUUUGGCCGCACUAACACAAUCAUAGCUAUGUGCCUGCUCAGCUCACCAGAUUUUGCUCCUUUGACCUCUUCCUUUUCCUCAAACGAAGUUAAAGUUGAAGUAGAUCCAGUGCCCAUCACAGAUGAUGCUUGACAUGUUUACAUCAGGGGACAUUCAGGGAACAUUACAAGCUUGACAUUAGAAGAGUGGUGUAUCGCUGCGCAAGGAGACUACUUUGACAGUGAUGGCAGUGACAGUUACAUCUGGUAUAGUUUUUGAUUUUAGAAUCACAGUCUUGCAGCAUUUUGAUCACAUCUCACAUUCCUUAUUCUUCAAUUAUCUAACAAAUAAUUCCCCAUCACCGCAGAAGAAAAAUAUUCAACACCAAUCUGUGCCAUCUGAUCAGAUAGUUUGUCUGCUCCUGUCUGCAGACCUGAGGCGUCUUACUAUCUCACUAUUCAGGCACUGUGAAACCUGCAAACACCAGAUGACUGUUAUGAGUCUGAAACAUUCCAUGUUUACAGCUGCUCUACUCUGAGUUUAUCUUGUUUGACAUAGCUGUAACUUUGUGACAUUUGUGUGUUGUGCUCAUGCAAAAAAGGAAAAAAGAAACACGAGCAACUAAUUUUGCAAUUUUACCAGCUGCAGCCUUAAUGAUGAAGUGAUCCUGCUUCAACCUCUAAACUACCUUUUUGUCACAUAAGUGCUGUUGUCUAAAACUGUGAAUAAUAAAGGCCCUUUAGGUGAGUUAAGGGAGUAUAUCUUAUUGUAUUUACCCUCUUAACUCCAUGUAUGUGUAUGGCAUAGUUCAAAAUGACUCAUGCUCACUAAUUGCAUUAAGAUGCAUCUCAUAUGUCCAUAUAUGUUGUAGCUAAAUAUGGAUGUUCAAAUACCACAGUUUGUGCUUGCUUGUUACUGUUUAACAUAUUGAUUCAGUCCAACCUCACUUUUGCAAAAUUAAUUCAACUUUUUGAAUUAAAACUGAAUGUGUUUGGGUUAAUGGUUUGAUUGUUUUUUUCUAGUGAAUUUGUGCUUUUGUCAGAGAAACAUUUACAGUAUGUGGUUUUCUACACAUGGUGUGUAUAACAACUUACUGUAAUAUUCUGCCUUUACCUGUUGGUGGUAAGUGCGAAUAAACUUUAAAAAUUA